GGGGCGGGUCGCGGUCCGCCCCUCCGUCCUACCCUGCCGGGGACGUGCGUUCCACUCUCGGUCGCCUCGGAGAGGGAGCGAGGGGAGCGGCUGGAGGGUCGGGGACAAGGAACAUUCGCUUGAGGCUGGAGGAGGCUGAACUGCGUCCCCGCCCAGCCCGCGCCUAUGCGGUACUUGAAGGAUGGCGAAGAGGUCGCGCAGCGAGGAUGAGGAUGAUGACCUUCAGUAUGCUGAUCAUGAUUAUGAAGUACCACAACAAAAAGGAUUGAAGAAACUCUGGAACAGAGUAAAAUGGACAAGAGAUGAGGAUGAUAAGUUAAAGAAGUUGGUUGAACAACAUGGAACUGAUGAUUGGACUCUAAUUGCUAGUCAUCUUCAAAAUCGUUCAGAUUUUCAGUGCCAGCAUCGAUGGCAGAAAGUUUUAAAUCCAGAAUUGAUAAAGGGUCCCUGGACUAAAGAAGAAGAUCAGAGGGUUAUUGAAUUAGUUCAGAAAUAUGGGCCAAAAAGAUGGUCUUUAAUUGCAAAACAUUUGAAAGGAAGAAUAGGCAAGCAGUGUAGAGAAAGAUGGCAUAAUCAUCUGAAUCCUGAGGUAAAGAAAUCUUCCUGGACAGAAGAGGAGGACAGGAUCAUCUAUGAAGCACAUAAGCGGUUGGGAAAUCGUUGGGCAGAAAUUGCCAAACUACUUCCUGGAAGGACUGAUAAUUCUAUCAAAAAUCAUUGGAAUUCUACCAUGCGAAGAAAAGUGGAACAGGAGGGCUACUUACAAGAUGGAAUAAAAUCAGAACGAUCUUCAUCGAAACUUCAACACAAACCUUGUGCGACUAUGGACCAUUUGCAAACCCAGAAUCAGUUUUACAUACCUGUUCAGAUCCCAGGCUAUCAGUAUGUGUCACCUGAAGGCAAUUGUGUAGAACAUGUUCAGACUUCUGCGUUUAUUCAGCCACCCUUCAUUGAUGAAGAUCCUGAUAAGGAAAAAAAAAUAAAGGAACUUGAGUUGCUUCUUAUGUCAGCUGAGAAUGAAGUUAGAAGAAAGCGAGUUUCAUCGCAACCUGGAAGCUUUUCUAGCUGGUCUGGUAGUUUCCUCAUGGAUGAUAGCAUGUCUAAUACUCUAAAUAGCCUCGAGGAGCACACUAGUGAGUUUUACAGUAUGGAUGAAAAUCAAACUCUGUCUGCUCAGCAGAAUUCACCCACAAAGUUCCUGGCCGUAGAGGCAAAUGCUGUGCUGUCCUCUCUACAGACCAUCCCAGAAUUUGCAGAGACUCUAGAACUUAUUGAAUCUGAUCCUGUAGCAUGGAGUGAUGUUACCAGUUUUGAUCUUUCUGAUACUGCUGCUUCUCCUGUCAAGUCCACCCCAGUCAAACUAAUGAGAAUUCAACACAACGAAGGAGCCAUGGAAUGUCAAUUUAAUGUCAGCCUUGUACUUGAAGGGAAAAAAAACAGUUGUAAUGGUGCAGACAGUGAGGCUGUUCCUGUAACAUCCCCAAAUGUGGCCAAGUUUAGCACUCCACCAACCAUUCUCAGAAAGAGGAGAAGAAUGCGAGUGGGUCAGUCCCCCAGCAGCGAACAUAGUGAUGGCUCUUUCACUGAUGGCGGUAAUACAGCACUAAAACACACACCGGUGAAAACACUACCAUUUUCUCCUUCACAGUUUUUCAACACAUGCCCUGGAAAUGAACAAAUUAAUAUAGAAAAUCCUUCAUUUACAUCAACCCCUAUUUGUGGGCAGAAAGUUCUCAUUACAACUCCUCUUCACAAGGAAACAACCCCCAAAGAUCAAAAGGAAAAUGUAGGGUUUAGAACACCUACUAUUAGAAGAUCUAUAUUGGGUACCACACCAAGAACUCCUACGCCUUUUAAGAAUGCGCUUGCUGCUCAAGAGAAAAAAUAUGGACCUCUUAAAAUUGUGUCACAGCCACUUGCCUUCUUGGAAGAAGAUAUUCGGGAAGUUUUAAAAGAAGAAACUGGAACAGAUAUAUUCCUCAAAGAGGAAGAUGAACCUGCUUACAAAAGCUGCAAACAGGAGCAUACAGCUUCUGUAAAGAAAGUCAGAAAAUCACUAGUCUUAGAUAAUUGGGAAAAAGAAGAACCAGGUACUCAACUAUUGACUGAAGAUAUUUCAGACAUGCAGUCAGAAAAUAUAUUUACAACAUCUUUAUUAAUGAUACCAUUAUUGGAAAUACAUGACAAUAGGUGCAACUUGACUCCUGAAAAACAAGAUAUAAACUCAACCAACAAAACAUAUACACUUAAUAAAAAGAAACCAAACCCUAACACUUCUAAAGUUGUCACAUUGGAAAAGAACCUUCAGUCAAACUGUGAAUGGGAAACAGUGGUUUAUGGGAAGACGGAAGACCAACUUAUCAUGACUGAACAAGCAAGAAGAUAUUUGAGCACCUACACAGCUACCAACAGUACUUCAAGAGCUCUCAUACUGUAAUUGUUAUUAAAAUUGAUGAAAUGCCCUACUUUUACUGUAUUCUGUACUAAAUUAGGUUGCAAUGAAAUUUUUGUCAAAUAAUUGUUUUUAAAGUGUUAAUAUAACCCUAAAACGGUUUGCAUCUUUUUUCAUAUUGGGCAGGCAUGAUGCUCAGCCACUUAAGUAAGGGGUUGGUAAUUUCAUAGUUAAUUUUUUAAGAGAUGAGAUUUUUAAAAAUUGUUUUUAAAAGAACAAGAUGGGAAAACCGUGUUAGAAUGUUAUAAAUAUCCUAAAAGUAAAUUCUCACAUAUUUUCUUCAGAAGAUGUAUGUUCCUACUCUCUUGAUGCUGCAGUUUUGUUACAGAUAGGUUAUGAGUAUGUGUGAUUUCUGUAAUUAGUCUAUGUAUGGGAAGCACACAUGGUUUUAUGAAGUACUUUUGCCUAUGUGCUGACUGACUUAGGCUACCAUUUACAAAGAAAUACAGUGGAAAGAAAUUGAAAAGAAGGAGAGAAAGUUGCACUACUAAUUUUUGGUAUUUUUCAAAAACUAUAAAAUUAACUACAGUGUUAAAUGUAUUUAUUUGAGCAUAGUACUAAAAACAAAAAGCAUUGAUAAAGGUUUUUUUCCUUAUUAGUAAAGAGUCAGUAUUUUCUUCAUAAAUCUCAGAAGAGCUGAGAGUUUUGUUGAAUGUAUUGUACAGUAUGUAGGAGCAAGAAGACUUUGUAAAUUGGAAAGUCUUUUUAUAAUUUAUUUUCAUUUUUAAAGCUUAAAUGUAGAUAUUUAUACCUAUACAGGGUGUCUAGAAGCCAGUGUUGUUUCCUGUUAUUUACAGCUAACAUAAAGAACAAUUUUGAUGUUUAAGUAUGAAAUAUGAAACAGUAGUAAGUUAUAGCUGCAAAGAAUACAGUAUCUACACUGUAUGUCACAUCUACCUAAAUAUUGCACUAUGCCCUUUAAAUCAUGUUGGUUAUAAAGUAGUUCUAAAAAGUACUAAAUAAUAAUUUAAUAUUUUCUUUUUAAAUUAUAUGGGGGGGUCAUAUAAAUUAAUCUGGUGAUUUGUAUAUGUGUUUGAAAUUUUUCCAUUUUGUUUAAACAAAUAACAUGGUACUUGGGUCCCUAAAAACAGUCUGCACUUAGAAGUUUAUUGUUUU